AUGUUUUCUCCACACACCAAAACUUCCCUACUCACCUAUUGCUAGAAAACAACACUAAGCCCUUUGUUCGCCUGUCAUUUGAGAUCUUCUAGUUACAAUGGCCGGAAUUAUCAAGCCAUUGAGCAUUUUCCUCAUCGCCGCCGUCUUGGCCAUGGCAGUUGCCCCUCGCAGCGAGGCGGCAAUUACCUGUGGCACGGUGGUCUCAGACUUGGAUUCAUGCCUGUCUUAUCUGACCAACAAAGGCCCUCUAGGCAGUUGUUGCAGUGGAGUUAAGGGUCUGUAUGGCGCAGCAAAGACUACACAAGAUCGCCAAAGCGUGUGUAACUGCUUGAAAUCUCUUGCUGACUCAUACACUGAUGUCGACCUGAGCAAGGCCGCUGGACUCCCUGGACAAUGUGGCGUGAACAUUCCAUACAAGAUUAGUCCUUCCACUGACUGCUCAACGGUGCACUGAUGAGUUAUGUUCGGAAAAAUAGAUGUCUACAUAUAUAGUUAUUAGCCAUAUAAAAUAAAGGGUGAGUCGUUCGAACAGUGAAUCUAGAGUUUUCUUCCCAUAAUGGACUAUUGUUGAAUCUGUUGAACCAAUAUAUGUAGCAAAUUAUGAAUAAUACCAACUUUUCAUGUGUUAUUUA